AUGAUGAUGGAUCCGGAUUUAAGUAAAAUGCAGGAUUAUUCGAGCUGGACGUUCGGAUUCCAGAUGCCGCCCACAUCCUCUAAUAAUAUACACCAGCAGUCAAUGCAGGAUGAUAUAUCAAAUGGUCCAGACAGUCCCGAUUCGACGGGGAAGGAUGGGAAAAAAAAUGAUGACAGAGUAAAAAGGCCUAUGAACGCCUUCAUGGUUUGGAGCAGAGGGCAGAGGAGAAAAAUGGCUCAGGAAAAUCCCAAAAUGCACAAUUCUGAAAUCAGUAAACGUCUUGGCACAGAAUGGAAGAUGCUCAGCGAACAAGACAAGAGGCCAUUCAUCGAUGAAGCAAAACGGCUACGCGCGAUUCAUAUGAAGGAGCACCCAGAUUACAAAUACAGACCAAGGAGGAAAACCAAGUCGAUCAACAAGAAGAACGGAGCUCCAAUCCCAUUCGGAAACUUGGAAACCAAGGCACCGACGUACCCAACGAUCUCCAACAACUGGAAUCCAACAAACCAGUACAUUGAUCAAUUCCGAUUUGCUCCAUACUACUCAUCCUCAGGAGUGAUGGAUCAUAUCCCAUUCUCCCUGGCCAACCCAGUACAUGCGGUGCCAACUGACAACUCGUCGCCAUCUCAAUACCAACCAUCCCCAUUGAACACCAACUUCUCGACGAGCAGCUACUUGACAACACCAAAAUCGGAGAGCUCUCCAGUCGGAAGCGAUUCCACCGUUGGAACCAUCGACUCCACGCAGUUCCGAUCCUACUACGAUCAUUCUAAGGAUCCAAUGAUGUACCCAUACAGUCUUGACUUGACGCAUGCUCAAAACAUUCAAAAUGCUCUUUCCCAAUCUCAUGUCUCUUCAUGA